UGGAGAGCAGCUUGGUAUAAAAACCUUGAGCCCAGCGUGUUGGGAAGCAGCAGCUGCCACUCACACUGGCAGACCGACUCUACAUCUAAGGAUAUACGAGGACCGUGCCGGGUCAGCAGCCUCCUGACCCGCAGCCCCCGCCCCACGCAUUGUUUCUUUGGAGCGCACACCUUCACGGUUUCGCUUCACAUGAUGGACCUGCGAGUAACAUCCGUCCUUUUCGUCCUCCUGGCCUUGGCCGAGGGAACCCCUGAGAGGUACUAUGCAUCAAAAGUGUCCAAGGUCCCCUAUCCCGUCAAGAGUCACAGUGUUGCAGGAGCUCAAGGUCCUCCAGGACCCCCAGGUGAACCAGGACCAAUGGGACCACCUGGACCUCCCGGAGAAAUGGGUGUGGGACAUACAGGACCAAGAGGCCCACCGGGACCACCUGGAGCCCCUGGCCACUCUCAGGCAGGCAAACCUGGUAUCCCAGGUGCUCCAGGAAAACCAGGAAGCCCUGGUAAACCUGGUGAUAGAGGUGCAAAUGGUGCAACUGGACCAAUGGGACCAAGAGGUGCACCCGGUACACCUGGAACCCCUGGACCUGCUGGGCUUUCAGCUACGGGAAAACCUGGACCAGCAGGGCUUCCAGGUCCAAUGGGUCAUAGAGGAGAGCCCGGUUUGAAGGGUCAUCCUGGUAUUCCUGGUCUUCCAGGCCCAAAAGGAGAGAGAGGUAUUGGUGUUCCUGGGGUGCAGGGUCCAUCAGGUCCAACUGGGCCAAUGGGCCCAUCUGGUAUGCCUGGCAAGCCUGGAAUUGGCAAGCCUGGUGCCACUGGCUAUCCUGGAGAACCUGGUAAGAGUGGAAAUCCAGGAAGAGAUGGGGCUCCUGGGCCAAUGGGUAUGCCAGGUCCUAAGGGUCACACUGGCCCACCAGGUGUAGGAGCACCAGGGAAACCAGGCCAGAAUGGUACCCCAGGUACACCCGGGCCAAUGGGGGCUAAGGGUCCACAGGGACCCGCUGGUCAGCCAGGCUCUCCUGGAAUGCCAGGUGUUGGAAAAACAGGUGAGCCUGGAAUACCAGGAUCCAGAGGAUCUCCAGGAACCCCAGGAACCACUGGUCAGAAAGGAGAGCCAGGCCCAACUGGAUUUACCGGUCAACCUGGUGCUCCAGGUCCAAUAGGUCCAGCUGGUCCUCAGGGUUCAAGAGGAUUUAUGGGUGAGCCAGGCCCAGUAGGACCCAAAGGUGAUAUUGGUAUGGUAGGCGCACCAGGCCCAAGAGGAUCCAAGGGUGAGCAGGGAGCACAAGGCUUCACUGGGAAACCAGGUGUUCCAGGUGCAGUAGGUCCCCCAGGCAUUCCAGGUCACAAUGGAGCUCAGGGUCCUAAGGGUUCACAAGGCCAUGCUGGCUCUCCAGGAAGUCCAGGUGCAAAUGGUCUCCCUGGACAUAAGGGUCACACAGGUCCCCCAGGAGCACCAGGUAAAAGCGGUGAACCUGGAAUGCCAGGAGCUCCAGGGCAAGUUGGCCCUCCUGGUCCAUCAGGUCCCCCCGGACUUAAGGGCCACCAAGGUCCCCCAGGUCCACCUGGUCCAGCAGGCCUCACAUCUAAGGGAGUUUCUGGUCCCAUGGGUCCCCCAGGACCCCCAGGACAGAAAGGUCAUGAUGGUCGCCCCGGCCCUGCUGGCCCUCCUGGUCCACCUGGUCCCCCAGGAGAGGUAGUCUACCACCAUGAAAAGAGUAUGCCCAUCAAAUCCCAUGAGGUUGUGAUGCCUCAUGAAGUGAUGAAGGCUCCCAUGUCUGCCUUCAGUGCUGUGCUGACCAUGGCCUACCCCCCUGCUGGAACCCCUAUUCAGUUCAACCAGAUUCUUUACAAUGGAGAGAACCACUAUGACCCCCACAGUGGUGUGUUCACCUGUCAGGUUCCAGGCCUUUACUACUUUAGCUUCCACAUGCACGUCAAUGGUGCCAAUGCUUUGGUGGCCCUCUACAAGAACGAAGAGCCUAUGGUCUUCAUCUAUGAUGAAUACAACAAGGGCUUCCUGGAUCAGAUGGCAGGCAGCGCCGUUCUUAUGCUGCACCCAGGCGACAGAGUCUUCAUCCAAGUCCCAGACGAGGAGAGCAAUGGUAUCUUUGCUGCAGACAAUGUUCAUUGUGGGUUCUCUGGGUUCUUAAUUGCCUCAACGUGAUUUAAUUAAUCCCUGUAAACCUCAAAACCUUAUAAAAAAAA